AUGUCAAUUGAAGACGGAAAACAAUAUAACUACCAAUACCAACCACCACCAAAAAUUGCAAAUCCAGCCCCUCUUGGUCUCUGCGGUUUCGCUUUAACCACAUUCGUACUUUCAAUCGCCAACACAGGUUCCGCUAAUGUCGCCUCUCCAUCUAUCACUCUUGGUUUGGCUCUAUUUUAUGGAGGUCUCGCACAACUUUUAGCCGGUAUGUGGGAAUUCAAGACUGGUAAUACUUUCGGUGCUACCGCUUUCUCUUCAUAUGGUGGCUUCUGGUUAUCGUUCGCUUGUAUCAUUAUUCCUGGAUUUAAUGUGCCUGGCAGCUUUACUAACAUCGAAGCAUUCGAACACGCUGUCGGCAUCUACCUUCUUGCUUGGACAAUCU